GCCGCCGCGACCUCGCUGCUUGCCGGCGGCGAGCGGAGCUGCGGCGGGCGCGGGGCGCAGAGCCGCAGGGCGGCGGCGGCGGGGCCGCAGCGAGCCGGGCUCCCCCGCUGCCGGGUCCCCCCUGCCCCGCUCUCGCCCCCCGCGGGGCAGCGCGGCCCCGCCGCGCUCGGGGACCAUGGGAUGCUGCACCGGCCGCUGCACCCUGAUCUUCCUCUGCACUUUGCAGCUGCUUGCUGCGUUGGAGAGGCAAGUGUUCGACUUCCUGGGAUACCAGUGGGCCCCUAUUCUAGCCAACUUCCUCCACAUCAUCAUUGUUAUCCUUGGCCUGUUCGGCACCAUUCAAUAUAGACCUCGCUACAUAGUAGUGUAUGCCAUCUGGACUGCAAUUUGGGUCACCUGGAACAUCUUCAUCAUCUGCUUUUACUUAGAAGUGGGAGGACUCUCAAAGGACAGUGAACUCCUGACAUUUAAUAUCUCCCGGCACCAAUCGUGGUGGAGUGAAAAUGGCCCUGGCUGUGUAAGGAAGGAGGCUUCAACGUCGGGCAUCAAGGGCCUGGACAGCCAUUCCUACGUCUCCGUGAUAGGCUGUGCCCUGGAGUAUCGCUACAUCGAGGUCAUGCACAGCUCCUUGCAGAUCCUGAUCGCGCUGGUGGGCUUUGUCUACGCCUGUUAUGUUGUUAGUGUUUUUACAGAAGAAGAAGACAGCUUUGGGUGCUCAGAUGAGGUGACUGUUCAAGGAGCUAGACAGUUACUGAAGACUGUGUGUCUUGAAGGUCUCCUAAUUUAGACAUUCCACAACUGAGGUAAUGCAGUUAGCAACUGUUUUUUAAAAUGCAGACUGUUUUAGUUUUAAAAUACUCAAAUAAACAUUUUCAGAAGUGGCUGAAAAGAGUCCAGGUCUCGUUGGAAGCCACCAAGAAUUAUGCUUCCGAUUUACUUAAGACCGCUACAGAUUUCACCUAUUAACUGGCAGUCAUUCCAGAAUCAUGGUAUCAGCAUGAAGCUAUCCAUGAGGAUGGAAUUUAUGAGGAUAUAUUGUCCUCAAAUUUCUAUUUUAGAAAUUUCAAGAGUUAUUUUCACUUCAUAUUUAUAUUUUUUCUGAUUUUUUUAUUGUUUGAUUAAAAAUACCAAAAAUCCUUAGCAAUAUAUAGCUAAAAUCUGAAAUAAUAGUGCCACCUUCAGGAAAGAAAAAUGAACAGGCACUUAUACAGUUAAUAAAACUCUCCAGUUGUUUUUAAAUGGCAUUUGUAUGGGAUAUAAGCUUUCACACUUCCAAACAACAUACACUAAUGGCACGGAAAAGUGGUCUAAGCAGAAUUUAUUUUAAAGGUUUUUGCAAGGCCUGCUAGGUCAGUCGCAAAUCAUACCCCUACUGACCUAGCUGUGUUGGCCAGCUCAGUAGUAUAGACUUGGCCUAAGUUCAGCGGAACCAAGAGAGGCUUGAAAAAUUCUUCCAUGGGCACUAAGGGAAUUGUCACUUAAAACAUCCCUUGCUUAGUUACAUUGCCCUUUCUUGAAUACUGGAAAAAGGAAGCAUUGUUCCUAUUUGUAUAGGUUUAAAAGAAACUGAGUUGGCAGAGGGGACCUGAAAAAUAUCAGAGCUGAAGAUAGUGAAUGGGGUAUUUGCAGUUCUCCAAAGCUGCUGUUGUCUGUCUUGCAAGAAAGACAAGUGGGGCAAGAAAAUUCCCACUUCAGUAUAUAACCUUCAUGGGGAUUGCUGUGCUGCCAGCUUUCCUGCUGGCAUUCACUCACCCGCUGCUCCCCAGCCUCCUCCUUUCAGCAUGCUGCUGAAUGGCUGAGGCUUUGUCAGCUCAAUUCUCAUGUGUCUCUGCAGUGUGGCGGUAAUACCCAAAGAGGCUGAGGGAAGCCCUCUUGUUUUUCCUGGAGUCUUGUUUUGGUUUGGUUCGGUUCUUUCGUUAGCUCUGGGCUUUAAGUCUUGUGUUAGACAAAUCUCCUAUUUUGGAACACUUUCCCACCCCAGGAGAUGGGGGGAAAAGAGGUCUUUACAGGCAGAGAUUUCCAAAUAGCACUGGGCAACCCAUACCUGAAAAAUCAUUUUUCUGUUCUCUCACUAAUUUUUGUGUUAUGUCAUGACAUGCACCAACUUUUUUUCUUUUUCAUUUCCUUUCAACAUCUUGGCCAUGUUUGUUUAUUUAUUUCAGUUUUAAUUUUUUUUCAGUUGAUUUCAUUGGUGGAUUUGAUCCAUUUCCUCUCUACCAUGUCAAUGAAAAGCCCACCAACCUUUUGU